CUUGUCAUUUGUCAGUCAGUUCGUGUUGUGCUUAUUGGAGUUGGUGGUCGUCUAUAAUUUGUAUUGUAUUAUGUGUUCUUGUUAGUGAUAAAAAAAUCAUAAUUAUCAAUUUUUUGUUCUAUAGAGUGUUCUGAGUAUUUAAUAUAAAUUAUCAUCAAAAUGGUUACUGGACGUGCGUUACAUUUCGUCUUCAAAGUUGCCGACAGAACACUUACAGCAAAAUUUUAUAGAGAAGUUCUCGGAAUGAAGGUACUCCGCCAUGAGGAGUUCAGUGAAGGUUGCGAGGCUACCUGUAAUGGACCAUAUGCUAACAGAUGGAGUAAGACAAUGGUGGGUUAUGGACCAGAAGACAAUCAUUUUGUAGUUGAGCUGACAUACAACUAUGGAAUCACACAUUAUGAACAAGGAAAUGAUUUCCGUGGCAUUACAAUCCAGUCCAGUGAAGCUUUGAAGAGGGCUGCAGCUGCUAACUGGCCGGUUAAAGAAUCUGAUGGAUUAAAAUUUGUUGAAGCACCUGGCGGUUACAAGUUUUAUAUUAUUGACAAACCUCAACCUACAGAUAAAGACCCAGUAAAGCAGGUGUCACUGGCUUGCUCAAACCUCACAAGAUCUGUUGAAUAUUGGAACGGCCUUCUCAAUCUCAAGAUAUACGAAAAGAAAGACAAAUCCGCUGUCUUGGGUUUCGCAGAGGACCAAGCUAAAUUGGAGCUGGUUGAUAUUGGUGAACCAGUAAAUCAUGCGAAAGCGUACGGUCGCAUCGCUUUCUCUUGUCCGUUUGACGAGCAACCGAUAAUAGACGAGAAAGUGCGUAAAGCGAAUGGCAAGAUUCUUACACCACUCAUAUCUUUGGACACGCCGGGCAAGGCCACUGUGAGGGUCAUAAUCCUCGCAGACCCAGACGACCAUGAGAUCUGCUUCGUAGACGACGAGAGUUUCCGUCAGCUGUCCCAGGUCGACCCCAACAGUGAUGCCGAUCUCGACAAGUACAUCAAAGCUGAUAAAUCCAGAGCAUAAAUGUUUUUAAACAUCCUUCAAACAUCGAUGUAUGAAUGUCAUAAUGACAGUGUUAAUUUUACCGGAGCGCUAAAAUGUUGCAACAUCAAAAUAAACGAAAAAAAAAUUUUGUCGAUUUUUUUUUAUCAAAGUAUUUA